ACUUUUCUCGCUGAUGGUGUCAUCUCAAGAAAUCCCAAGGGAGCAACAAGUGUGUUUCUGCACAUAUAACGAUUACUCCUCAACGCAUCAGACUAUGAUUGGCUCUGAUCCGACCUAAAAUAUCUCAACUAAUCAGAGAAGAAUACGUUGAGUGUUAAUGUAACACCCAUUGACCGAACCUACAUUCGUUUGUACGUCAUCAAGUUGAAAGAAAACAUGCAUAUAAUUCUAAUGUAAAACAGUAUACGUAUGUAAAAAUACUGUAAUCCAGGACAAUGUGCUUUUGUAAAACAGUUCCUGCGAGCUCGUUGCACGUAUUAGGUACUUCUACAGCUUCUCGUUCAGUGUGAUGUCAUCCUAAUGCGCCCAAGUAAGACUCUUUGGACGAUGGGAUAAGUUUGUGGACGAGUUGCGAGCCCCGCUGUGAUUGCGAUGACUUCGAUUCAACGGGCUCUAAAAACUCAUUUUGGGUUUGAAAAGUUCCGGUCGAAACAACAAGAGGACAUUGUUAAUGCGGUCGCUAGAGGUGACAGGGAUGUGUUCGUGUGCAUGCCCACCGGUGCAGGGAAGUCCUUGUGCUACCAGCUCCCUGCAGUGUUGGCACAAGGCAUCACACUGGUGGUGUCGCCACUCAUCGCUCUCAUCCAGGAUCAGGUGGACCAGUUGCAGGCGCGGAAUGUCCCUGCCUGCUCCAUCAACUCCAAGCUGCCGGCACGGGACCGCCGCCGGAUCAUGGAGGACCUGGAGAGCGAGUCGCCCCGCCUCAAGCUGUUGUACGUCACCCCGGAGAUGGUGGCCUCGCCCUCCUUCCAGCCCUGCCUGGCGGGUCUGUGCGCCCGGGGCCUGCUGGCCCGCCUGGCGGUGGAUGAGGCCCACUGCGUCUCCCAGUGGGGGCACGACUUCCGGCCGGACUACCUGAAGCUGGGCGAGCUGCGGGCGCGGCUGCCGGGCGUUCCCUGCGUGGCGCUGACCGCCACCGCCCCCCAGCGGGUGCAGGAGGACGUCGCCCGCUCCCUGCGCCUCCGUUCGCCCCUCUCCUUCUCCAUGCCCGUCUUCCGCAGCAACCUGCGCUAUGAUGUCAUCUUCCGGGAGCUGCUGCCCGACCCGUACGUGCACCUGCACUCCUUCGUCAAGAAAGCUCUGGGGGACGGCCCCGUCGCCAAGGGCUGUGGGAUAGUUUACUGCCGGACCAGGGACAGCUGUGAGGACGUUGCGUACCGCCUCACGCUUCUGGGGGUGUCGGCCAGGGCAUAUCAUGCAGGGCUGAAGGCAGAUGAUCGCACACAGGCGCAGAAUGACUGGAUGCAGGAGAAAGUUCCGGUCAUCGUGGCCACCAUCAGCUUCGGCAUGGGUGUGGAUAAGCCUAACGUCAGGUUUGUUGCCCACUGGAACCUUGCCAAAUCGCUGGCGAGUUACUACCAGGAAUCGGGGCGUGCAGGGCGAGAUGGGCUGCCCUCCUCCUGCCGAAUAUACUACUCACCUCGAGAUAGAGACCAAAUGAACUUCCUAAUCCGGAAGGAGAUUGCACGCACCCAGGAGAAGCGGGGGUCACAGAAGGAGCAGGACAAGGUUGCCAUCACAGACUUUGAGGCCAUGGUGGCCUUCUGUCAGCAGGAGGCGUGUCGGCAUGCAACCAUCUCUCAGUUCUUCGGGGAUGCACGGCCAAACUGUAAUGGAGCCUGUGACUUCUGCAAGAACCCCAAAGCAGUCCGGGCCCAGCUGGAGGCCGCAUCGCGCCUCAGCACCACAACCGGCCCGGCCCAGAGCAAGGAGCCCAGGGGUCCAUUCGGGUGCGACCCUGAGCUUUACGCAGGAGGGCGUAAGGGGUAUGGAUUUGAGAGGUAUGAUGAGGAAUGGGAGGGUGGUGGGGAGGAUGACUCGGAAAAACGAAAGAAGCAAUUCAGAGAUUUAUUCAGAAAACAGAUGAGCCUCCGUAAGGCUUCCGAUGUGAAAGAGACCUUCGUCCCCCCAGAUGCUGACUGCCCCCUCAGAGAGGCCAGCAGCCAGCGAAUCCCGAAACUCACGGUCAAGGCGCGACAGCACUGCUUGGCCCUCCUACAAUCAACACUGGACAACCACCAGGGGGCAGCAGGCUCCAUGGAGAGUUCUGACACCCGGUCCUUGGCGGUGGAUAUUGAGUAUGAAGUGUUCAGGAGCAGCAAGUCUGCCAAUCUGUACAAGGCAUCUGUGCUUAAGAAGGUGGCGGACAUGAAGAAGGGCACUGAUGGGGUGGUGGUCGCCCCUGUGGGCGGAGGAGAGGCCAGCAGCUGCAGCAGUGGUGGAGACGCGCCCUCUUCCUCCUCUUCCUCCUCCUCCUCCUCAGGUGGAGAGCUCCAGGGAUUCACACCAGCCUCUGAGUUGUAUUCUCUGAAGCGGAAGAGAGUGGGGGCUGGACUGCGUGGUUCCUCAAACCCCUUCCAGACAGCCGGCGAGCUGCUGAGAGCCUCCAAGAGCCCAGAGGCCUGCGGGGCUGAGGGCGAGGGGCCAGGGGCAGGGUGUGACGCAGACAGCCUCUGUGGGCCUCAGCCGGCUACUGAGGCAGGGAAAGGCAAGAGGCGCAAGACUGAAUCGACUGUGGCAGUGCCUGCAGCCUCGUCCUCCAUUAACUCCGUGGCCCCCGCCUCCCUGUCUAGCCCGACCAAGGGGGGCGGCAGAGCACCCAGCAAAAAGCAGCAGAAACUGGCUGAGGCAGCCAAGACGUCCCGCUCCAUCUUCCAGUACUUCAGCAAGAAGCAAGAGGAGGGCGGCAAUACUGACCCCUCCCUCCCUGACCAGGCUGGCCAAGAUCUCGGGGCAGGGGAGGAGAAGACUGACCUGGAGUCAGUCUCUGAACUGCAGGGUGAGGAUGAAUGUGAGGUCAAAGCUACUCUGGAUAAAAGGCCAUUACACAAGUUGGAGGACAACCCAGCGGAGAGUGAGGGCCCCCCAGCUGCAAAGCGGCAGCGUCCCCUACAGGACAAAAAGAAGAAAGUGACCUUUGACUCCAGUGUACAGGAAAGCAAGAAGGAGCCAGGGGGGAAUGUGAAAAAAUACAGAGCUGCAGAGAAAACUUUAACCAUGAAGGAGGGGGCGUGGGACACUUUAGGGGUACUCCGGGCCCCAGAGAAGACUGUAAACCUGAAGGAUGGGGAGAUGGGGAAUGUGGGGGUACUCCAAGCCCCAGAGGACACUGUGACUCUGAAGGAGGGGGCGGGAGAUAAAGUGGGGGUACUCCACAUUCCAGAGGACACUGUGAAUUUGGAGGGGACGAGGCUGAAUGUAGAAGUAUCCCGGGCUCCAGAGCAAUCUGUGACUCUGAAGAAUCAGGAGAGGGGGAGAGUGGGGGUACUGCAACCUCCAGAGAAAGCUGUGAGUCUGAAGGAACGGGCAAGGGGGAAUGAGGGGGUACUCCGACCCAGAGAGAAAGCUGUGAGUCUGAAGGAGGCCGCUGACAUCGUAGUUCACUGCCUGGAUCCUUUCUAUUCUCAGGGGAAAUUUGCCACCAAGGACCUAUUCAAGUCGUUCGCCCGCUUCCUGUCCCACCUACUCACAGAGGGGAGGAGUAAGGGGAGGGCCCAAGUGAAAUCUGAAGCCCGCAGCCUGAUCAAGAAAUUCUUCAGCAGCGUCCAGCGUUGUGAGAGCGAGAGAGACUGGACUCACCUAAAAGGCCCGGGAGGCGGGGCUGACAGGAGAGGGGACGGGCAGGCGGCUUAGGGCUCCACCCUUGACACUGGUGCCGAAAUACCACUGCUACACCCUCCCCCUUCAGACUGUACACAGGGCUGACAAUAGCACACUACAGCUAUAGCCCAGCUGCGGGCCAGCCUGUCCUGGAGGCCACAGUUAGCCAAUCUGCCAAUGUCUACAGGAGAUCACAGCCACCACGGGACAGGGCAUUCCUACUUUCUGACAGUGGUCACCCCUCUUGUCCCUCGGAUAUGAGGAACUGAGGAAGACUCAACGGUCGCCGACGCAAUAACGCAUCGACAUGGCCAUGCGUCCGCUGGCUGCAUCAUAUACAGUGUACCCGUAUGGUUUAAAAAUAACCUAAUUAUGCAUUUCUGUGUUGUCUUUGUCUUGCUUCAUGACUUGCUCAGGGACCUUUGUAUUCACUUUAGAUUAUUAAAGAUGCAGUUGGGCUUGACUGUUUUUAUUUUGUCUGGGACUGCGAGGGUUAGUUUCAGAUGGAGACACUGGAAGGUGUGUGAUUUGGUGACUAAGAGAGCAGAGCUUGAUCACGGUGAUGACCAAAAACCCUGUGACAUAUCGGUGGUCAUAGCGCCUUGUAGCUUUAUGCAUCAAGUUUUAUCUCAACCUGU